AUGCCAUCCUGCAAGCGCAGCAUCAAGCUGCACAAUCGCGAUGUCAUCUCGGUGUUCAGGCACCCGGUUGAGCCCCUUCACUGGUCGGAGAUCCCGAUCACGUUCGACCGGCGCGACCACUGGGUGCACCUACCCAGGCCGAGUGCUUACCCCCUCGUGGGGAACCCAGUGAUCCGCCAGAUCCGUCUGGCCAGGGUGCUCAUCAACGGAGGCAACGCGCUCAACAUCAUCUUCGCCAAGACCCUGGAGGACAUGGGCUUUGACAUGACCAAGCUGGUUCCUUCAGACCAGGCCUUCUACGGCAUCAUCCCGGGUGUCGAUUCGACUCCGGUCGGCAAGGUCACCCUCCUGGUCACUUUCGGCACCCGGGACAACUACCGCACGGAGUCCAUCAUCUUCGAGGUGGCGCCGUUCGAGACCUCCUACCACGCCAUACUUGGGAGACCAGCUCUUGCCAAGUUCAUGGCGAUCCCGAUCCACACGUAUCUUCUCCUGAAGAUGCCAGCUCCGAACGGAGUCCUCUCCAUCCGCGGCAACAUCCAAACGUCCCACUCCUGUGAGACGGAGAACAUCAACACUGCGGAAGCCAUGGAGAGAAGCAACAACCAAGCCUAUGUCGCCCAGGCAGCAAAGGCCCUCAUGAUGGAUCAGCUCCAGAAACCCUCCAACGACUUAGGAUCCCAGCUGCACCCUGAUAGCCAGACGAAGACGAUCGUCCUCAGCGACAACCACCCCGACAAGACCGCCUUGAUCGGGGCCGACCUCGACUCCACAUAG